CAUGCACAUUCCACCAAUCAGAACGCGAGCUCUGCAUCCAGACCUUUACCAUGGAGUUGUCUUGGUCUUAAAGCAUCAGUCUUAAUGCAGGACGGUCGACUUUUCUGUGCUUCUCUGAAUACAAACUGAGCUUUGUUGAAAGUUUAAUGAGGGACUCGGAUGUGCAAGGAAAGGGUUGCGCUUCAGGGGAUUCAUUAAACCCACGCAUCAUAUGUUUCAUUUAGAGGAGUUGCGUGUUUUUCUGGGUCCGAGCUCUGCAUUUUUACAGUAAUGGCCAUCAAUACAGACGCCGAGUUUGAGAGGAGUGCGAUGGGCGAGAGCAGCGGCGGCGGCGGCGGAGGAGGAGAAGGAGGAGAAGGAGGCGGCGGCGCGGCGGAAUUCAGAGACACGCAGAAACUUCUCGGCGUCGUCGUGGGCGACGGUAAAGACGGACUCGGGAGCUGUUCCGACUCACGCCGGCCGAGCGUCAAGUCUCUGAAGUCUCUCAGAUCCCUGAACGUAGAGCAGAACAGCUACAAGUCCACAGGGACCGGAAGUGUUCAGUCCCUGCCGCGCUCUCCCGCACCGGAGCGCACCGAGCCCGAGCCGCGCAGCUACAUGUGGCUCGCGCUCUUCUCCUGCUUCUGUCCCGCACUGCCGCUCAACGCCAUCGCGCUGUACUUCUCCCACGCGUCCCGCUCCAUGACCCAGGCUAAUGAUUAUGAUGGCGCUAGAAGACUGGGCCAGCGUUCGCUGCUCUUCAGUGUCCUGGCCAUUGCUGUGGGUCUGAGUAUAAUCCUUUAUCUAGCGAUCACAGAGAGCUGAUGUGGUGGACUCUAGAACACCUUUAUGUCACGGACGAUCGGCCGGGUCUGGUGGCAUGUCCUUCUGAGGGCGUGAACAGCGUCCUUGAGAUCUGAAAGGUCUAGAAUAUCUUGCACUACAAUUACAAAAUACAUGUUAUGCCUUAUCGUAUCUCGGGCAAGUAUGGAUUUCUCGUGCAUGCUUUGUCUCCGUCCUCUGAGAUAGUAGACAACGUCUGCGUGGGGCGUGUCUUAUUUGACGGGCGCGGCCAAAUAAACUGUCAUGAGCUGAAAUCUGCCAAUAAAGCUUGAAAAGCAGAGCAA